CGCCAUAUUCAUUCCCGCCCGCGGACCGCGGCGCAGCCAGCAUGAGUACCGCUGCUUUCCACAUCUCCAGCCUGCUGGAGAAGAUGACGUCCAGCGACAAGGACUUCAGGUUCAUGGCUACCAGCGACCUGAUGGCAGAGCUGCAGAAAGACUCCAUCCAGCUGGAUGAGGACAGCGAGCGCAAGGUGGUGAGGACGCUGCUGCGGCUCCUGGAGGACAGGAGCGGGGAGGUGCAGAACCUGGCCGUCAAGUGCCUGGGUCCCCUGGUGGGCAAAGUGAAGGAGUACCAAGUGGAGACCAUUGUGGACACCCUCUGUGCCAACAUGCGGUCAGACAAAGAGCAGCUCCGGGACAUCGCUGGCAUUGGCCUGAAGACCAUCCUCUCAGAGCUGCCUCCUGCUGCCACAGGCUCAGGGCUGGCUAUCAACGUGUGCCGCAAGAUCACAGGCCAGCUCACCAGUGCCAUCGCCCAGCAGGAGGACGUGGCUGUGCAGCUGGAAGCCCUGGACAUCCUCUCCGACAUGCUGAGCAGGCUGGGCGCCCCCCUGGGCGCCUUCCAUGCAAGUCUGAUGCAUUGUCUGCUGCCCCAGCUGAGCAGUCCACGCCUGGCGGUUCGCAAGCGCACCGUUGUGGCACUGGGUCACCUGGCAGCCUCCUGCAGCACCGAUCUCUUCGUGGAGCUCGCCGACCACCUGGUGGACCGUCUGCCUGGCCCCCGCGCCCCCGCCAGCCCUGCAGCCAUCCGUACCCUGAUCCAGUGUUUGGGCAGCGUGGGCCGCCAGGCCGGCCAUCGCCUGGGGGCCCACCUGGCUCGCCUGGUGCCCUUGGUGGAGGAGUUCUGCAACCUGGAUGACGAUGAGCUGAGAGAGUCCUGCCUGCAGGCCUUCGAGGCCUUCCUGAGGAAGUGCCCCAAGGAGAUGGACCCUCACGUACCCAAUGUGACCAACCUCUGCCUCCGGUACAUGAAGCACGACCCCAACUACAAUCAUGACAGCGAUGAGGACGAAGAGCAGAUGGAGACCGAGGACAGUGAAUGCAGUGAGCAAGAGAGUGAGGACGAGUACAGUGAUGACGACGACAUGAGCUGGAAGGUGCGCCGAGCAGCAGCCAAGUGCAUGGCCGCCCUGAUCAGCUCUCGGCCGGACCUCUUGCCCGACUUCCACUGUACUCUGGCACCAGCACUCAUCCGCCGCUUCAAGGAACGGGAGGAGAACGUCAAGGCAGACAUCUUCGGGGCUUACAUCAAGUUGCUGCGACAUACACGGCCCCCAAAGGGAUGGCUAGAGGCCGUGGAGGAGCCCACCCAGACAGGCAGCAACCUCAACAUGCUGCGGGCACAGGUACCCCUAGUGAUAAAGGCCCUGCAGCGGCAACUUAAGGAUCGGAAUGUUCGGACCCGCCAGGGCUGCUUCUACCUCCUCACCGAGCUGGCAGGCGUCCUCCCUGGCAGCCUGGCAGAGCACAUGCCAGUGCUGGUUUCAGGCAUCGUCUUUUCGCUGGCUGACCACUCCAGCUCCUCCACCAUUCGGAUGGAUGCCCUGGCCUUCCUACAGGGGCUUCUGGGUACGGAGCCAGCUGAGGCCUUCCACCCACACCUGCCCACCCUCCUACCACCUGUGAUGUCCUGCGUGGCUGACCCUUUCUACAAGGUGGCAGCUGAGGCCUUACUGGUGCUCCAGGAGUUGGUGCGGACCCUGUGGCCACUGGAUAGCCCUCGGCUGCUGGACCCCGAGCCAUACGUUGGAGAGAUGUCCACAGCUACCCUGGCACGACUCCGUGCUACUGACCUAGACCAGGAGGUGAAGGAACGGGCCAUCUCUUGUGUGGGCCACCUUGUGGGUCACCUUGGUGACCGGCUUGGGGAUGACCUAGAGCCCACGCUUAUGCUUCUCUUGGACCGCCUACGGAAUGAGAUCACCCGGUUGCCAGCUGUCAAGGCGCUGACCCUGGUGGCUGUGUCCCCAUUGCGACUUGACCUGCAGCCCAUCCUGGCCGAGGCACUGCCUAUCCUGGCUUCAUUUCUGCGCAAAAAUCAGCGGGCACUGCGGCUGGCCACGCUGGCUGCCCUGGAUGCUCUGGCUCAGAGUCAAGGCCUCGGCCUGCCUCCGCCUGCUGUGCGGGCUGUGCUGGCUGAGCUGCCGGCUCUGGUCAGCGAGAACGAUAUGCAUGUGGCCCAGCUGGCCGUCGACUUCCUCGCCACUGUGACCCAGGCCCAGCCCUCCUCUCUGGUGGAAGUCAGCGGACCUGUUCUGGAGGAGCUAAUGCAGUUGCUGCACUCACCCUUGCUGCCUGCUGGGGUGCUGGCAGCCACUGAAGGCUUCCUACAGGCGCUGGUGGGCACCCGCCCUCCGUGUGUGGAGUAUGCUGAGCUCAUUAGCCUGCUCACUGCACCCGUUUAUAACCAGGCUGAGGAUGGAGGACCCGGCCUGCACAAACAGGUGUUCCACUCCCUGGCCCGGUGUGUGGCUGCCCUCUCAGCUGCCUGCCCCCAGGAGGCGGCGGGCACUGCCAGCCGCCUGGUCUGUGAUGCCAGGUCGCCCCACUCAAGCACUGGGGUCAAAGUCUUGGCAUUCCUGUCACUGGCUGAGGUGGGCCAGGUGGCUGGGCCAGGCCCCCAGAGAGAGCUGAAGACCGUGCUUCUGGAAGCCUUGGGAUCUCCCAGUGAGGACGUGAGGGCUGCAGCCGCGUAUGCCCUGGGCCGUGUGGGUGCUGGCAACCUGCCUGACUUUCUGCCCUUCCUGCUGGCACAGAUUGAGGCCGAGCCCCGGCGACAGUACCUGCUGUUGCAUUCACUCAGGGAGGCCCUGGGGGCCGCCCAGCCUGACAACCUGAAGCCCUAUGUUGAGGAUGUCUGGGCACUGCUCUUUCAGCGCUGUGAGAACCCCGAGGAAGGCACUCGGUGUGUGGUGGCUGAGUGCAUCGGGAAGCUAGUGUUUGUGAACCCUCCCUUCCUCCUGCCUCGAUUCCGGAAACAGCUUGCUGCAGGUAAGCCAUACACCCGGAGCACGGUCAUCACUGCAGUCAAGUUCCUCAUCUCAGACCAGCCACACCCCAUUGACCCCCUCCUGAAGAGCUACAUUGGUAUGUGUCCCCCAGUCCCUGUCUUGGCUGAAGCUAGUACCCUUCCCCCAGGUCUGGAGUUUGGUAGGAUGUCUCACAAAUGAGCCAAGGGUGGCAGACUCCAAAGCAACUCUGUGAUGGGCAGCAGGGCACACUCUUGAGUGAGGAUCUGCCUUCAGGCCUUUUGUCUGCACCAAGGCUCUGGUAGGCCUAGCAUGCCCCUUCUUACAGAUGAACCUUGCUUCCCCUCUGUCAAAUGGGUAUGAGAAGUUUCUGGAACAGGUUUUCUUGGAAACAGCUUGCUGGGGUGGGAAGUGCUGUAAAUGCACAGGCUCUGAGGAUGAAAAAUAAGUCUGAGCUGGUGAGCCCCACGUGAACAAGUCUGAGGAUGCCUGAGCGGGAGGAGCCUUGGUGGGGUAGGCCAGGCCUUCCCUCGGAACCUCCUGCAGAACCAGACUUCUUGCCUUCGAAGCACAGCACCUGCAUCUUCUCAGGGGCCACAGCAGACUCAGCCCUCCUCACCCAGUAGGCAGCCCCAUGGAAUGUAGAGGGAGCCUUGGCUGUAAAGGCGGACUUGUGCGGGCAGGCCAUUUCCAUCUCAGCUAUCAAAUAGGGUGCUGACCCACAUGCCAGGGCGCUGGGCAGACCAGAGGGCCAGUGGCAUGACCACUUUUGAGUAGAGACUGUAUCCUUGUCUCAGUCACCUCAUGGCCUGACCUGGAUGGCCGCACCAGAUUUCCAGCCU